CUGCAGAUUGCAUCACAUUCAUCGAAGAAGAAUACGUUUGGUUGGGUGCGUGCCGAAGUGCUCGGAGCACUGAUUAAUGGUGUAUUCCUGUUGGCACUGUGCCUUUCGAUCUUCAUCGAAUCAUUAACGCGGCUUAUUGAGCCUCACGUGAUCAAGCAACCCGUUAACGUACUUAUUGUCGGCGUCAUUGGUCUCAUUAUCAAUUUCAUUGGCAUUUUUAUGUUUCACAGUCACGCGUACGGUCACAGCGAUCAUAGCCGAGAUGCUCCGCUGCAGCCACAGCCUGGUCGCCGGCAAACUCAUGUCACGAUUGACGACAAUGAAAGCCAUUAUCUCAUGUCAUCUCAUCAGGAGGGUGCAAUGGCGAUGGCUAAUCUUCAGGAAGUUCGUCCCAGUGAAACCAGCUCCCAGCAGGCUCACGUUGCAGAUGUUAAAAGUAAAGAAAAGCAAAAAAAAGAAUUAUCAAGGCAGCUGAAUAUGCAGGGCGUAUUUCUGCAUGUGCUUAGCGACACAAUUGGCUCCGUGAUUGUUAUUAUAACUGCGCUGGUUGUGCUCUUUGUACCCGGCCAAGAAUUCCUCAAAAACUAUUUAGAUCCUCUGCUAAGCAUGGUAUUGGUGGCUUUAAUGGUCUCGUCUACAUUUCCAUUGGUUCGUGAAACAGCACUUAUUCUGAUGCAGACAACUCCUGGAUUCAUUGAAAUUGAAGAAAUUAAGAGGGAACUUCUUAAUAUCCAAGGAGUGGAAGCGAUACACGAAUUUCAUGUGUGGCGAUUAGUGGGUGAACGAAUUAUCGCUACAGUACAUAUAAAAUUCUCGGAUCUCGCGGCAUUUCUGGCAGCUGCCGAUCAAAUCCGCACUUUAUUCCAUAAUAAUUCCAUUCACAGUACUACCAUACAACCCGAAUUUUCAGAGGUGCAUACUUAUUGUCUUCAUUUGUUAUUUGGGACGUGA